AUGAGCUCAAACUAUUGGAGUGAGAUGAGCAGCAGCAGCUGUGGGACUCAGCAAUCCCCAGAAGUGCUGCAGUGCCAGCCCCAGCAUUACCGCUGCUACCAUCAGUCAAGACAAGCCCAGCAGCCUCCAGAAAAAAAUGUAGUGUAUGAGCGAGUGAGGACCUACAGUGGGUCCAUGAACAAGGUGGUUGAGGCCUUGGACCCCAUCGGCUCACGGGAAGUGUGCUCCCCUCUCAAAACUGCCUCCUCCUACCAAAGCUUGCUUUGGAGCGACCGUUCCCAGGAACUCCAUUCUCCAACAGUGAAAGUCACUACAUAUCCGCAGACCACUAUUAGGCAAUAUGUAGUACAAAAUCCUGAACAGGAACCACUGCCGCCAUUCCUAAGAGGAGGCCAUUUCUUUCCAGGAAAUAAUGUUAUUUAUGAAAAAACCAUAAGAAAAGUGGAGAAGCUAAAUACGGAUCCGGUGAUAAUUCAGGAUGAUGGCCCUGAAAAAUUGGACCCCAAGUAUUUUGGAGAGUUGCUUGCUGAUCUAUGCCGCAAAAAUACAAAUCUAUAUCACUGCUUAUUAGAACAUUUGCAGAGAAUUGGAGGAAGCAAACAGGACUUUGAGUCUACAGAUGAGUCAGAAGACACUGAAUCGUUGAUUCCUAAAGGAUUGUCAGAAUUUACAAAACAGCAAAUUCGCUAUAUUCUGCAGAUGAGGGGUAUGUCUGAUAAAUCACUCCGGCUAGUGCUGUCCACAUUCAGCAACAUACGGGAGGAGCUUGGAAAUCUUCAGAAUGACUUGACAUCACUGGAAAAUGACAAGAUAAGACUUGAGAAAGACUUGGCAUUCAAAGAAACUCAAAUAAAAGAGUAUGAAGAACUCUUAGCAUCAGUGAGAGCAAAUAAUCGCCAGCAGCAGCAAGGACUUCAAGACUCAACCUCAAAAUGCCAAGCAUUGGAAGAAAACAAUCUUUCUCUUCGGCAUACACUAUCAGACAUAGAAUAUAAACUAAAAGAACUGGAAUACUGUAAGCGUAAUUUAGAGCAAGAGAAUAAAAAUCUUAGAGUGCAGCUCUCAGAGACUUGCACAGGCCCGAUGCUGCAGGCUAAAAUGGCUGAGAUUGGCAACCAUUACAUGGAGAUGGUAAAAAGCUUAAGAAUGGAGAAAGAUAGAGAGAUCUGCAAACUAAGGACUCAAUUAAAUCAGUUCCAAAAAGAUGUUUCAAGAAGAGAAGGAAGUUGCAGAGACUUCCAAUUCAAGAUUCAUGAACUGACAAGCUUGCUGGAAGAGAAGGAUUCCCUUAUAAAGCAUCAAUCGGAGGAACUCUCGAAGUUGAGACAAGAAAUAUAUUCAUCUCAUAACCAACCCUCCAGUGGUGGAAGGACAACUAUUACCACUAGAAAGUACAGGUCACAAUAUCCUAUCUUAGGCCUCCUGUAUGAUGACUAUGAAUAUAUACCACCAGGUAGUGACACACAGACUAUUGUGAUUGAGAAAAUAGAAGACAAAUGGACUUGUCCGUGA